AUGACAAGAAUAUUACCUUUCUUUCUCAUCAUCUUCAUCACCAUUAAUGCUGAAGCAAACAGCCUGAAAGUCACCUGCAAGCCUCCGGCCAUCUUCAUCUAUGGCGACUCGUAUGUCGAUGCUGGUAACAACAACUACAUAAACACGAGCACUCUCGACCAGGCGAAUUUCCCGCCUUACGGUGAGACCUACUUCAAAAACUCCACCGGGAGAUUCUCAGACGGCCGGAUCAUACCUGAUUUUCUAGCUCAGCUUGCAGGAUUGAAAGAUUUGGUUCCGGUUUAUCUUGAUAAAACUCGAACAAUCGACCAAAAUUACAAUGGAGCCAACUUUGCAUCAGCCGUAGCUGGGGCUUUGCCAACCACUUUACCAGGCUUUGCAAUUAGUCUCCAAGCACAGCUGCAAAACUACAAAACUGAAGUGGGUGAAUUAAACAAAAGAUUAGGCCCUAAUGAAGCUCGAAAGAUUUCAUCAACUGCAGUCCACUACAUUGCCUUUGGUGCGACAGAUUAUAUCAUCCCCAUCGAAUUGAAUUCCACCAUUUUCGACCACCGGCAGUAUGUGAACAUGGUGAUCGGAAACUUAUCAACCAUAGUCGAAGCAAUAUAUAAUCAAGGAGGGAGAAAAUUCGUGCUGCAAAAUGUGCUAGACCUGGGGUGCUCGCCAGGCCUCAAAAUCUAUAAUGUCGAACGUGACGUUGAGUGCCUGAAAAAUGCUUCAGAUUUAGUAUAUCUACACAAUGAAGCUCUCGACAAGUUGGUCUCGGAAAAGGCUCGGCUAUUGAGUGGUUCCGAGAUUUUUCUUUUCGACCUACGAACCACUGUGAGUGAAAGGACAGCUAAUCCAGGAAAUUACGGUUUCAAGGAUGGGGGAAGUGCGUGCUGUGGGUCUGGCCGUUUCAAUGGCGAGUUCAGCUGUGGAGGGAAAAGGCCGAUCAAAGAGUUUAGCUUAUGUCCAAAACCGAGUGAAUAUGUCUUUUGGGACUCUUUCCACCUUACCGAGCAUGCCUACGGACAAAUAACAAGUCAAAUUUGGAACAAACCUGAUGGCCGCCUAAAGGGACUCUUCGCGUGCCUCUAG